CAAGGGCUAAAUAAUUGUGGUGAAUAUUUGUUGAUUGUAUUAUUUGUAUAAAAUAUUACACAGUUGUUGCGAGAUUUAAAAAAAUUCGCAAUGGUUGAAGAAUCGGAGCAGUUGCCGCCGAUAGACGUGAAGGAACCCUUAGAUCUCAUUAAAUUAAGUCUGGAGGAGCGAAUUUACGUCAAAAUGAGGAACGAGAGAGAACUCCGAGGAAAAUUACAUGCUUUUGACCAGCAUUUGAACAUGGUAUUGGGAGAUGUAGAAGAAAUCAUAAAUAUAGUGGAGAUCGACGAAGAAACAUAUGAGGAAAUCUAUCGCCAAAAAAAGAGGACCAUCCAGAUGCUAUUUGUGCGUGGCGAUGGUGUAAUAUUGGUAUCUCCACCCACAUAAGCAACUAUAAUAUUCCUACAAUUUAUUGUAAAGUUACAAAUACAUUAUAUAUGAUCUAAAAUGAAA